AUGACAGCUGAGAGCCACCAGUCCCCUACCCGAGCCACUGGGGCUGGUACCAACCUCCAACAGGCCAACAAUUUCACAAUACCAGUGGUGAAGGUGGAGAAAGAGCCAGCUCCCGAGGCAAGUGUGACCACUGGACAAACCGAAGCAGAUGAGACUCCAAAAGGAAGGAGAAGGAAAAGACCCCUUCAGAGAGGCAAACCACCCUACAGCUACAUCGCCCUCAUAGCCAUGGCUAUUGCCCAUUCUUCUGAAAGAAAGCUGACCCUUGGAGGUAUAUACAAAUUUAUCACGGAGAGGUUCCCUUUUUACCGAGAUAACUCGAAGAAGUGGCAGAACUCCAUCAGACACAACCUUACUCUUAAUGACUGCUUCAUCAAAAUCCCUAGAGAGCCAGGGAGACCUGGGAAAGGCAACUACUGGGCUCUGGACCCCAAUGCUGAAGACAUGUUUGACAGUGGAAGCUUCCUAAGAAGAAGGAAGAGGUUCAAAAGAACGGACCUCACCACUUACCCAGCUUACAUACAUGACACCAGUAUGUUCCCCAUCACUACAAGUCUCCAGACCAUCCUAUCCUAA